CCUCUUUCCUUUUUUUUUUCUUUCCUUUCCUUUCCUUUCCUUUAUUUGAUUUAUUUUUUUUUUAACUAUUUUUGUUCCUCAGUAGAUACCCUUUUUUUUCAUUUUACUUUAUAUACGCGUUGUAGUUCCAUUUUUAACAAUUUAUGAUAGUAUCUUCCCUUUGGAGGGCAUAUGUAGUAUGUGGUUUUUUAGGACUUGGUGGAUAUAUGUCAAAAAUAAAAUUAAGCAUUGUAAUGAUUUUCAACUCCCUUGUUUUUGACUAUUGCUUAUUACAGUAUGGUUAUGACAGUGGAAUUUUAUCUGGAUGUUUAGCCAUGCGAGAAUUUCAAGAAAAGUUUUCACUUCAGAGUAAUAACUUACAUUAUUUGAUUCUGUCUGUACCUUUAGGAACAUCCUGUAUUAUGUCCUUUAUUUCAGGUCCUAUUGCAGAUAAAAUUGGUAGAAAGAAAUUUGUUUGUGUUGCAUGUAUUAUACAUUUAAUUGGCACUAUUACACAAAUGGUUGCAAACACAUUUGCAUCUUUUCUUAUUGGAAAAUUAAUUGCUGGUCUCUCUAUUGGUAUGCUAGCUGUGAUAUGUCCUUUAUAUCAAAGUGAAAUAUCAUUACCAGAACAUCGAGGUCGAUUAAUUUCAAUGCAUCAAUUAGGUGUAACUGUUGGAUUUUGUAUUGCUUUUUGGAUUGCUUAUGGUACAUUUAAUAUAAAUAAUUCACUAUGUUGGAAAAUUCCUUAUAGUCUUCAGAUAUUGAAUCCAGUUAUAAUGAUAAUCGGUGUUCAGUUUAUCCCAGAAAGUCCUAGAUGGUUAAUCUAUCAAGGUCGAUUCGCAGAGGCUAAAGAAAUUUUACAAAGGGUACGAGGCAAAAAAGAUCAAGAUGAUCUUGAAUUAAGCAUGGAAUAUACCGGCUUAAUACAAGAAAGAAAUUAUGAUAAAAAAUAUACUUCAAAAAGCUAUAGAUCACUUCUUACAAAAGGAAUUGAAAACAAUAGAAAAAGAACGAUAUUAGGUGUUGGUUUGCAUGUUAUGACACAAUUGACGGGUAUUAAUGCAUUGAUGUUUUAUUUACCUUAUAUUCUUGAAUCAACUGGAAUAGUAGAGACAAAUUCAGCUUUACUCGGUAAUGGUGUAAGUGGCAUGGUUAAUAUGUUGGCUACGAUUUUAUCUUUUCUCUAUAUUGAUAAAUGGGGUAGAAAGCCGAUUAUGAUUAAAGGAGCAAUUGCAAUGGCUACUUGGAUGUGUAUUAUUGCUAUUCUUCAAGGUGUCUAUUUUAAAAGACUUUCGAUGAAUGAAUCUCGGUCAUUAAUUCCAAUGAUCAUCUAUUCCAGUGAUAGUAAAGCAUCAUUUGUGAUACUUGUCUUUAUCUGCUUAUUUUUGGCUUGCUUUGCACUCAGUUGGGGGUCUAUGGGUUGGAUUUAUCCAGCAGAGAUUUACCCUGAAUCUAUUAGAGCAAGAGGUUUAGGAAUUACAACAGGGGCCAGUUUUGCGACGAGUAUCUUUGUUUCUCAAAUUGCACCUGUUUUAUUUCAAAACAUUGAAUGGGGGACCUAUCUCUUCUUUGGUGCUUUAUGUUUAUUACAAUCUUAUAUUAUUUAUAUUGUCUAUCCAGAAACGAAGGGUAGAUCACUUGAAGAAAUUCAUUUAAUCUUUAGUGGUGCAUUAGUAGAUCAAAGUGCUGGGGCUCAUCAUCCUCAAACAGCUUUUGAGGCUUUACUUUAUCUUCAACAAUUUAAUGUAGAUUUAUCAAGGCCUAACUCAUCUAUCACUGUUUUACCUAAUCAUCCUUCUUCGGCUAUGGUCAUAGAAGAUCAUUAUGGUUGUACUAGUGAAACUGCAAUCACAUCAACAACAGUCUCUUCUACUAUUUGUCAUGACAUAAAGAAUGAUAUAACUAUGAUUUAAUCAAUUCUAUUCUAUUCUUUACUUUUCAUGUACACCAUUUUCUUUACUACUACUACUACUACUAUAGAUAAUAUUGUAGAUAUACCAAUUAAAUGAAGCCCUUAGAAAUAGAAUAUAGACCUGAUUAUUUAUUUUUUUUUAUUUAUUUUUUAUGUUGCAUACUUG